AUGGAGCAGGAGGAAAAGCCCCAGAGAUCCCUCAUGAGGAGAGGGAAACCCAGCCCAGGGAGCUGCGAGGAGAAAAGACCCUCCUUGUGCCGGGAAGGCAGCCAGAGAUCCAGGCAAAGUUCAGAGCUGGUGGAGAAGCAUCAUGGAGGGGAGAAGCCCCACAAGUGCUUGGAAUGUGGGAAGGGUUUCAGAAACAGAUCCUGGCUGGUCCGACACUUGAGGACCCAUACUGGGGAGAAGCCCUACGAGUGUGGGAAAUGUGGAAAGAGCUUCACAACUAUUUAUUCUCUGCUGCAGCACCAGGUGAUCCACACUGGAGAACGGCCCUACACCUGCUUGGAAUGUAGGAAUAGCUUUAGGUGGAUUUCCUGCCUGAGAAGACACCAGCGCAUCCACACUGGGGAGAGGCCCUACCAGUGUCCUGUGUGUGAUAAAAGGUUUCUGACCAGCUCCGAAUGCCUCACACAUGAGAGGAUGCACAGAGAGGAGAGGCCCUUCCGCUGCCCCGACUGCGGGAAGGGAUUCAAGCACAACUCCAACCUCACUGUCCACCGGCGCAUCCACACUGGGGAGAGGCCCUUCGAGUGUCUUGAGUGUGGGAAGAGCUUCUCACGGAGCUCAGCCUUGACCCAACACCAACAGAAGCUCCACUAA